UGAAAUUGGAGAAGAAUGGGGAGAGGAACACUGAGCCUUAAACUGAUUUCCAAUCCUAAAAGUCGAAGAACAACGUUUCAGAAGAGGAAGAAAAGUCUGAUGAAGAAAGCUUAUGAGCUUUCCACUCUUUGCGAUGUUCAAACCUGCGUUGUAAUCGCUUCUGAGGAAUUCGAAACCUGGCCUUCCGAUCGUACCCAAGUUGAGGCUAUGAUCCGUUCUUAUAAAUCCCAAUCUUUCUGUAAACAGUCCGCUAAGUCUUCUUAUGAUUUGAACCAAUUCUUCUCUGAUCGCAAGAACAAAAUCGUAACAGAAACGUCCAAAUUGCGAGAGAAAGUUCAGAAAAGUAAGGACACCAACAGUGAUCACUGCCUUGAUUCACUGUCGGAACAUCAAUUGAAGGCGUUAAUGGCCACUUUAGAUUCCAAAAUUGGAGUCGCUGACAGUAUGAUUGAGUUCAUGGAGGCUGAUUAUGAUUACUUAAUCGAGGGAGCCGUUGAAAUUUCAAGCAUUGAUAAACAAAUCUUCAGUCCUUUGGAAACAGAGGCAUCCCCUGAAUUAAACAUCUCAGAGUUAGGCAUGGAAGCUAACUACGAUUACUUGAUUGAGGGAGACACUGAAAUUUUAAGCGUUGAUACACAAACAUUAAGUCCUUUCGAAACAGAGUUAUCCACUGAAUUCGAUGUCUCAGAGAUGUUCAUGGAAUCUAAUUACGAUCCCUUGAUCAAGGGAGACGCUAAAAUUGUAAGCAUUGAUACACAAAAAACAUUCAGUCCUUUCGAAACAGAGGCAUCCCCUGAAUUCGAUGUCUCAGAGAUGUUAAUGGAGGCUAAUAACAAUCACCUGAUCGAGGGAGCCGCUGAAAUUGUAAGCAUUGAUACACAAACAUUCAGUCCUUUAGAAACAGAGGCAUCCACUGAAUUCGAUGUCUCAGAGAUGUUCAUGGAAUCUAAUUACGAUCCCUUGAUCGAGGGAGCCGCUGAAAUUGUAAGCAUUGAUACACAAACAUUCAGUCCUUUCGAAACAGACGUAUCCCCUGAAUUCGAUGUCUCAGAGAUGUUCAUGGAGGCUAAUAACGAUCACUUGAUCGAGGGAGCUGCUGAAAUUGUAAGCAUUGAUACACAAACAUCCCAUCCUUUGGAAACAGAGUCAUCCCCUGAAUUAAACUUUUCAGAGACUUUCAUGGAGGCUAUUUACGAUGACAUGAUCGAGGAACCCACUGAAAUUCCAACAUUAAAUUCUUUGGAAACAGAGGUAUUCUCUGAAUUAGACAUCUCGGAAUUAUUGGCCGGGUCAGGCGAGUUUGAAUUCAAUGUCGAGGGUUUUCAAUCACUAUUGGAGGACGAAGAUCACCAAACCCUAGCUGAGAAUCAUUCCUUUAUCUUCCAAUCUUAA